UCCAAAUAGAUUUGGAAGAAAAAUAAGAUACGUUUAUUGACGAAUACAGCACGAUUUUAUGUAAUAAACACACUUCAUUACACUGUCUUGCCGUGCAGCGCAGUAUAAUCUCGUGAUAUUUCUCCGGUAUGGCAGCAGUGGCGUUAACACAGUGCCGAAGAAGAGCUUUACAGGCUUUGGGUUAUGGAGCAGUGCGGCUUCUUUCACCUACAUGUCUCCAGGGAGUCCGACAGAUGUUCAGUAAGGUACAGUACAUUUCCCGGCCGGACCUCCCGAAGCUGGCCUAUCGCAAAGUGGAAAGGUUGAGUCCUGGCGUGAUGUUCCUGCCUGGUUAUGGCUCUAGCAUGAACGAACGAAAAGCUGUAGCUCUAGGGGACUUCUGCAUGCUUUUCAGUCAUUCAUAUCUUAGGUUUGAUUAUUCCGGUCAUGGAGCAUCAGAAGGAGUUUUCUCUGAGGGAACGAUCGGAAGCUGGAAGAAGGACGUUCUUUUUAUGUUGGAUGAAGUUGCAGAAGGGCCUCAGGUUCUGGUUGGCUCCGGCAUGGGUAGCUGGCUGAUGCUGCUCGUCGCUAUCGCUCGCCCUGAGAAGGUCAAAGCUCUCUUGGGCAUUUCAACGGCAGCUGAUCAUUUUCUUACAGCAUUUAAAUCACUUCCUCUGCAGAAAAGAAAGGAGGUAGAAGACCAGGGCGUGUGGACGAUCCCAACCAAAAGCAACAAUGAAGGUGUGUACACUGUUAGCAUGGACUUGCUGAAGGAAGCAGAGAACCACCGCUUGCUGAAUGGCCCCAUCCCCAUCACCUGCCCCGUGCGUCUCAUCCAUGGGAUGAAGGACGAGGAUGUGCCGUGGCACAUCUCCAUGCAGGUGGCAGAGCGCGUGCUGAGCGACGAUGUGGAAAUCAUCCUUCGGUGCCACGGGCAGCACCAUAUGGCCAAUGAAGAUGACAUACAGCUCAUGGUGAUCACCUUCCAUAGCCUUAUGCAGAAGCUGGUCUAUACUGUGUGAUGGCUUGGAAAAAAAAAACAUCUUGAAACUCUCAGAGAGACCCUGUUUCACUAGUGCCUUCAAGUACUGGGUUAUGGUUGAGUCUAAAAUCCAGGAGAGGAACAUCUUCAAAUGGAUAGAUGAGGAAGGCAUAUGAGCUGGUCCGGGCUGGGCCAACGCCUGUGCAUUCACAUAGGGUUUAGCUCCUUUCAGAUAUUUUAUUAGAUAAGCGUGGGUAAUGACUGGGUUUGAGACUAAUUUGCUUACAGUUUGGAGAAAAAGGCAGAUGGAGGCUUUUAACAUGCACAAAUUUCAUGUUGCUGUUGUGCCACUCGCACAAGUGGCAGCCAACCAAACUAAAAACCUGCCAGUUCUUUACAUAAUAACAAUGACAUUAUCAUGCAUUAUCGUGCUAAUGUCAUAGUGCUUGGGGCUUUAAAAAAGAAAAAUUAUAAUCCUUAGAAAAACAAUAGGGCUAAUUUCAUAGUGCUUGGGCCCUAAAUACACAACAUAAAAAGUUAAGACAAAAACAUUGACUGUAAAAUAAUCAACUGUAAAUAAGACCACACUGUAACAACAUAAUAUUUUUAACUGUACAACUAU